AUGGAAGGAAACGCUCUUUCUAACUUUUCCUCCUCCGGUACUCCAGAUUUGGCUCGUUUGCAGAUGCUCAAAGCCAUCAAAACUCAAUUUUACAUCCAUAAAUCAUUUGAUAUCCAAUCUGAUAAGGAAUUUUUGCCUUCUAUACCAAACGAGUAUGACCACCAUCUUCAGCACAAUCCAUACGGCCAACCAUCUCCUUCUAGCUUAUACCAUAUGCCAAGGAAGCAAGCCUCAUCUGCUGUGACGAUUUCUUCACCUAAUACUGUGACACCUUCUAUGCAGUACAACAGAAGCAUCGAUUUCAACGGUGGAUCUCCAUCGCCAGCAACUUCUUCAUUGCAAAUCAAUGAAUUAUUAAAGACGCCCAAGAAUAGAACUCUUUAUGUUAAUCAAGCUUCUCCUAAGAAUAGAGCUGCUACUGGGGGCAUAGCCCUUAGAAAAAGGAUCUCCUCAGGACCUCAACAGCUGCAGCUGCAACCAUUCUCACCACAGCAAAGUCCUUUUGGAAAUGCACCAGUUGACUCCAAUCAAAGAUUGCACAACAUUAACAACAACAACAACAACAAUAAUAAUAAUAAUAAUAAUAAUAACAAUAGAAAUUGGUAA